AAUUAUAAUACUAUUAGGAGCUACAGUUCUUUGAAAUGCACCUGAACCUACUUUAAUCCGCACGCGUUUUGUCAGCAAAGUGUGGUCUCCAUCCCAGACCGACCGAGGAGAGGAUCAGGACAGGAGUGGAGCACGUAGAAAUAAAGCAGCGCCCCUCGUCCGGCGCAUGCGCACUACAGCCACUGCAGCAGCGGCAGACAGUGACGUCACCCAUUCAAAAACACAGGCAAGCCCAGACACACACCGACCGAGCGACAGGAGGACAGGCGAUACGUAGAAACUUAUGCGAGCCAGGCAACCGGUGUCCCGAGCUAACCGACGAGCCGAGGUGGUGUGGCGGGGGACGGUUGAAGACGGAGCCGAGAUCACCUUAACCUAAAACGAGCCGUGGUUACUCGACACGGGUGCUCCGGCGUGUUUGUUUUGAGCAGCUCUUCUUGUUCCUCCUCUAACAAGCAUCAGCACCAGGCUACCUGUCAGAAACGCGGAGCCGCGGAUCGAGCCCAUCUCCGCACGCUUCUGGACAUGGAAAAGACUCUGGAGGAUGCCCUGACAUCGGCCGCGGCGAACGGGAACACGGCGGACGUGGAGGCUCUGCUGCGGGCAGGAGCUCAAGUUAACGGACCGAACCGCUUCGGGCGAACCCCUCUGCAGGUGAUGAUGAUGGGGAGCACGUCGGUGGCCGAGGCGUUACUGAGCCGUGGAGCUGAUCCCAACGUGAAAGACAGAAGCACCGGGACGACGCCGCUGCACGACGCGGCCAGGACGGGCUUCGUGGACACCGUGCGGCUGCUGGUCGAGUCCGGGGCUGACCCGCAGGCCAGGGACAAUAAAAACUGUCUGCCAGUUGAUUUGGCCAGACAAAACGGCCACGCAGAUGUUGUCGCGUUCCUGGAGAAUCUGUGAAAAAUAAUAUACUCGGACACUUUUUUAUUAUUAUCAUUAUUAUUAUUAUUGUUAUUAUUAUUUAAUUCCCGCUGGUGGCUGUGAGCUUGGAGGCCCCUGCGGACCGGGGGCCUGGAGAGGCCUGAAGCAGCCUGAAUUGAGGAUUGUCGGAUUUCGUUGUUGACUGUGUUUAGUUGUAUUUAUUUAGUUAGGUCGUUAUUUUAUUUUUAACGAAAUUUAACGGUCUGCUCUUACGUUGUUGGUUUUAGUGGUUAUGUUAAUGACAAAGAUCUUCCGCCUUACCACGGAUGGGGCAUGUAGUUCGCCGGUGUUUUUUUUUUUUUUUUUUUUUAAAAAAAGCUUCCGUUUUUGUUUUUUUGUUUUUUAACCCCAAAUCCUCUUAACAUACCCGCAUUUUGGAUGUCUUUCUAUGCCAAAUAGCACAAAAGCCACUAAAACCGUUUUGCACAUUUGGACAUAACGUUAAUGCACUAAUAUUUAAGCAUUAUGCCCUCGCUGCAGACACUUUGACUCCAAAUUAUACGUGUAUAAAAUUAGAGAUAAUCUGUUAUGCACUUUAAUACGUUUUCGUUUUUGAAGGUAUCUGUGUUUUAUGCCGGUUUUAAAAAAAAUGGCUGUGCUUUAUACUAUACAAAAAAAGUAAAUAAAAAAUAAAGAAAGUAUAACAACAAAAGAGAAUUCAACGACCUUUCAUUUGAAUCCAGUUGGGAGUUUAGCAGUGAAUAAAUAUCCUGCAGCAAGGAAGCAGUGUGUAACCUCAGGGAAGCCUUUACACUGAACAGGUUUAGCUAUCUCCUCUUAGAUCGCAUUGCAAACAUUAUGCUCAUGAUCAUGAGUUCCGGUGGCCUCAGGUGACUUCCAGGAAGAACGUGGGGCUAUUUUUAUUUAUUGUAUUUAUUUUCUGAGAUCAAGUGCCAUUACUAGAGCAGACCAUGCAGAUGUUUCUUUCGAGUUAAACAUUACCCUGGCUUAGUUUCCUCUGAGUACAUUUUAUGGCUUUAUGUAGAGGGUGAGUUGACAACACACUAAAAAAAAUCCCCACACGCCCCAAGGGAGACGAUAUUCAGCUUCAAGCUAUCACUUUAACAUGAGCACGGACCGUUUUUAAAUUCAAGUCGCAUAAAAAGCAACGGCAUACUUGCUUCCCAGCAAAAAGUCCAGCUUCAAGAUCAGUACAAUUCACCCGUGAACCGCACAUUCACUUAGAAUCCGAAACACUUCAGUCAAAAUCUCUUAGUUUUUAUUUAGACAACGUGUAACUUUAUUAAUCCUGUGUAGAAGAAUUGAAAAAUACACAGAAGCAGAGGAAGUUAACGUCAAGAAAAAUGCACUUAACCUCCUGAGACCAGAGCUUUUGUUUGGUAUGCAUUUUUACAUUCUCCAUUUCUCUUUAUUUGGGAAGUAUAAAAACACUAACCAUCACGUUUGAACGGGAAGUAGGUUUUGGAAAAAAAAAAACGUCCUCGUGUGUGUAUAUUUCACUCAAUAUUAUAUUAGUCACCAAUACAUCUGUUAAUUCUCAUGUCUGAACGUCGUGCAACUAAUAAGCAACAUUACAGCUCGUUACUAUUGAUCAAAUUUGUUACAGUUGCAUGUCAUAUUAAACUAGAAAAGUUAAUAACCAUAAAUAAACAUGUGUCUACUGUAAAAUCUGAUGAGGUUUGGACCCUUGUCCACUUUUGUUACAUGAUCGGUUGCAGAAUGAACCCACUGAAAUGCCCCCAUCAUGUUUUUACACCAACUAGCAUCUAGUAAUGAGGAUAAAAGUCUAAAUGAAGCAGAAUAAGCUGCAACAAACCUAAAACUUAAUGUCCCCAUAUGCGGACGCAGGGUCUCAGGAGGUUAAGAUGAUGUAUUAAGGCUGUAAUAGCACAUGGUACAUUGCACAAAAUUAUACUGUGUAAUGGUUGAAACAUCCUAAUGUAAUCCUUCUUAGAUCGGUAUGUUAUUGUAAAUGCAGUCAGUUCAGUAUAUGAAAUAAAUAUAUGAAUGUGAAUGAUAACGGUUUUGAUUAAUGGAAGAUGUAACAUUUAUGAAAAGCAAAUAAAAACGGAAGUCAUAUCAAAAU